UCACUUUCCUAUUAACAUCAGAUCCUCUACCCUCUGACACCAUGGUCAGCUCCUGUUGUGGCUCCAUCUGCUCUGACCAGAGCUGUGGCCAAAGUCUCUGCCUGGAGACCUGCUGCCAGCCCAGCUGCUGCCAGACCACCUGCUGCAGGACCACCUGCUGCCGCCCCAGCUGUGGUGUGUCCAGCUGCUGCCGCCCGGUCUGCUGCCAGCCCACCUGCCCUCGCCCCACCUGCUGCAUCUCUAGCUGCUGCCGCCCCUCCUACUGUGGGUCCAGCUGCUGCAGGCCUACUUGCUGCAUCUCCAGCUGCUGCAGGCCCCAGUGCUGCCAGCCUGUCUGCUGCCAGCCCACCUGCUCUCGCCCCACCUGCUGCAUCUCUAGCUGCUACCGCCCCUCUUGCUGUGGGUCCAGCUGUGGUUCCAGCUGCUGCAGGCCUACCUGCUGCAUCUCCAGCUGCUGCAGGCCCCGCUGUUGCCAGUCUGUGUGCUGCCAGCCCACCUGCCCUCGCCCCACCUGCUGCAUCUCUAGCUGCUACCGCCCCUCCUGCUGUGGGUCCAGCUGUGGUUCCAGCUGCUGCAGGCCUACCUGCUGCAUCUCCAGCUGCUGCAGGCCCCGCUGUUGCCAGUCUGUGUGCUGCCAGCCCACCUGCUCCCGCAUCUCCAGCUGCUGCCGCCCGAGCUGCUGCCUGCGCCCAGUGUGUGGCCGGGUCUCCUGCCACACCACUUGCUAUCGGCCCACCUGUGUCAUCUCCACCUGCCCCCGCCCCGUGUGCUGUCCCUCCUCUUGCUGCUGAGCCCACUGCCCUGUGACCACUGUCUCCGUUUACCUCUGUCCCCACUAAUGCAGACCCUCCUUUGGGGUUGAUGUUGCUCAGCUAAACUGGGCUUCAUGAUUCCAGUGAGGAACCAGACCAUGCUGUUGAAGGGGACGGAUAUGGCAUGGAGCACUUCUCCAGUAACAGAUUUUCCCCUUUCACCUGACAAUUGGUAAACUCAUUCUUCUAACUUCUUUUCCUAAGACUUUUCUUUAACCUGGUCUAUUUCUGUACCAAAAUAAAGUGAUACUUUCUUGCAUUAAAAA